GAGGUCCUAACGUUUUCUUACCGCCCCAAGAGUGCAUCCAAUGAGAAUUGUCCCGUUGGUGAGAGAUAUCCACUUUUGGGGGCUGAGUAAUUGAUUCAUGCAUGUUCGAUGAGGGGUCACCGACGCAGUGAUUUACAAAAGAGCUGCCUUGGCUGAUGCAGCGUAAGCAAAGACUACUUCAACCGCCUGCACCUCAUUCUCAUUUGUAAAACUUCUCAUCUUCAACUCAACUAAAUAAACUGUAUACAUCUUAUACAUUACCAUCUUGAAAUCUUCAACCUUGAGCCCUGGACCGCCAGGAUGACAAUCGACCAGGAUCCCGUCCUCACAAAACUCCGCGAUGUAUCCCUCUCAGCGACAGAGAAUGGCGUCAGCAAGCAUCACACAACAGAGAAAGAUCAUCUCGCUGCUACAGGUCUUCUUUCAGAACGAGAGAGCGAAGCUUGGCAGAGGGCGAUAGAGAAGGUCGUUCGAUGUGUUGUGUCGGUCAAGUUCUCACAGCCUUAUUCAUUUGAUACGGAAACAAGCAAGACGAGCGAAGCGACUGGCUUUGUUGUUGAUGCAGAAAGAGGUCUCGUUCUCACAAAUCGACAUGUUGUUGGCCCUGGCCCCUUUUCGGGGUAUAUCGUCUUCAAUAACCAGGAAGAAGUCGAUACAUACCCUAUUUAUCGCGAUCCAGUACAUGAUUUCGGCUUUUUGAAGUUUGACCCAAAGGCUGUUAAAUAUAUGGAUCUCACCGCAAUGGAGCUUCGACCCGAUCUCGCGAAAGUUGGAACCGAGAUCAAAGUCAUCGGCAACGAUAGCGGCGAAAAGCUCGGCAUCCUCUCCGGUUUCAUCAGCCGUCUUGACAGAAAUGCUCCUAUAUACGAUGGCUACAUGGACUUCAACACAUGCUACUUCCAAGCCAACGCCUCAGCAUCCGGAGGAAGUUCUGGAAGUCCAGUUGUUAACGUCGACGGACACGGUAUCGCUCUUCAAGCAGGUGGACGCACCGACGGAUCAACGGAUUACUUCUUGCCCCUGGAUGGGCCGCUGCGCGCGCUGAAGCAGAUUCAGAGGGGUGAGAAGGUGAGGAGAGGUGAGAUCCAGACUGUCUUCAAAUUGAAGCCUUUUGACGAGUGCCGACGGCUUGGGCUGAGUCCUGAGUGGGAAAGUAUACUGCGCAAGUCUUUUCCAGGGGAGGAUAACGUUAUCGUUGCUCUUGAUGUACUGCCCGAGGGACCUUCGGAUGAAAAAUUGAAGGAGGGCGAUAUCCUUCUCAAAAUCAACGGGGAUCUCGUUACUCAAUUCCUUCGUCUGAACGAGAUCUUCGACUCAAACAUCGGCAAAACAGUCCGUAUUCUCGUUCAAAGAGAUGGCCAAGAUGUCGAAGAGGAUAUCCUCGUCCAAGACCUUUCCGAAAUCACACCCGACCGAUUCGUCACUGUUGGAGCAGCCUGUUUCCACGACCUUUCAUACCAAGUCGCCCAACGGUAUUUCCUCCCCUGCCGCGGCAGCGGUGUAUACGUCAGCAAAUCCGGCCCAUUCCAUCCCACUCACGAUAACUACAUCAUGGUCGAUAGCGUCAAUCACAAAAAGACGCCAAACCUAGAUGCGUUUGUGCAGGUCAUGACGGAUAUCCCCGACAGAGCACGCGUGGCUAUCAAAUUUUGGUACGUCUGGGAACCGCAUACCGUUCGAACGGCUGUUGUACCUAUCGAUCGACAUUGGUUCCAGCGCAUGAAGAUGUUUAAGAGGAACGAUACAACCGGUGUUUGGGACGUUGAAGUCCUCGCAGAGCCACUACCUGCUAUCCGCCCGCCGCCACUGAGUGCGUCUUUCGAUGCGCUUGAGCAUAUUCCCCAACGAGAAAUUGCUGAGAUUGUGAGGAGCUUCGUCCACGUGCGAUUCUCGUCACCGGUCCUUAUUGAUGGACAAUCCACGCGCAUUAAACUCGGCAUGGGCCUUGUUAUCAACGCUGAUCGCGGAUACGUCAUCGUUUCGAGAACUGUAGUGCCUACAAAGUUUUGUGAUAUCGAACUGACCUUUGCCGAUUCGGUCCUUGUUCCAGGAAAGGUCGUCUUUCUGCAUCCUGCGCACCACUACGCUAUCAUUCAAUACGACCCAAGCCUCGUCGACGCACCCGUCAAAAGCGCAAAGUUUAGCACAGAGAGGAUCUCACAAGGUGCUUCGACUUUCUUUGUUGGGCACAAUGAUUGCGAUGAGAUGGUCUAUGCUUCAACAGCCGUCACGAAAGUCAUUCCCCUCGAGCGAGAACCACCAAACCCACCUCGCGGCCGCCCCGUCAACGUCGACCGAAUAGACGUUGAGACCAGAAUCGGAACUCACUGCGGUAGCGGCGUUCUCAUCCGCGAAGACGGCGUCGUACAGGCACUUUGGGUCGUCUACGAAAUGGAAGAUCUCGAUGAGGCAUGCUUCGGUUUAAGCUCCCAAGCCAUCGCUCCGAUCGCUGAAAAGCUAAGCCAAGGCAUCGUCCCAACCCUGCGCAGUCUUUCCAUCGAGCUCGAGGCCGUGACCAUGAUCGAAGCGCGGGUCAUGGGCGUUGCAGAGGAAUGGAUAGAGAAAGUCCAGAGCAAGUCUUCCUCCGACCGACGAUUAUUCAUGGUGAAACGCGGACCAAAACAACUCCCUGAUCAACUGGGUGAAGGUGAUGUCUUGCUCACCCUUGACGGCAAGCUUAUCACGCAGCUACAUGACGUGGAUGUCAUGUACUGGAAAGAAAGCCUCGACGUCGUUGCUGUACGAAAUGGUGAACAGAUCAGCUUCAGAGCACAAACUGUCUCCGAAGAUGAAUUCGAAACUUCGCGCGUUGUUAAUUUCUGCGGCUUAACGGCGCAAAAACCCCAUCGCACUGUGAGACAGUGCAUCAAGAAGUUGCCUAGCGAAGUGUACAUCACAAGCUGGUUCAUAGGAUCACCGGCAAACCUAUACAACGUCUAUGCAACCACUUUCAUCACACACAUCGAUAACAAGCCUACACCCGAUCUAGAAUCACUCGUGGAAAUCAUCGCUAGUAUUCCCGACAAGACCUACUUCAAGAUCAAAAUGAUGAGUUACACCGGAACUCCCUCCGUCGUAACGAUCAAGAAAGAUGAGCGGUACUGGCCUACCGUCGAGUGGCUUCGUGACGAGACGCAUGUUGAAGGAUGGAAGAGGGUCACGUACGAGAAUGGUGAGGUUAUACAGGGUGAGGGCCUUUAUGGUAUAAUGCUGUGAGCGAGGUGUUGGUAUACAGCGGGUUUAUAAUGUGUAUUAUAUGAUUAUCUCCAUUCAGAAACGGCUCUUAGAUCGAAUCGUUACUUCCGAAGUAUGAGUCGAGUUUUGAGUGAUCUUACGUUCACGCCGGUGAGAUGCCUUCUCACAAAAUGAGACUGUGAGUGAGCACGGUCAUGAUGGCGAGCCGUUAAUUGAGAACCCCGCUGUAAGCACUACCAUGCAUGCACUCAACAGGCUUCAGACCAAGGGGAGGCAAGAAGGACUUCAUCGGAAAUUUAGAUAAAUUUAAUAUGGACUUAGUUAGCAUUUAGAUCAGUUCUUUUUGGCACUCUAGCUCAAGAUUUAGGCACCAGCCCCAUUUACAGGGGUUGCUCCGGCGGCGGGUAGAAGCUUAUA